AAUCUCCUAAAGCAUCUGCUGACCACACGACAGGCCGGCGGUCCCAACUACCAAGUCCCACUCGGCCGCCGCGACGGUCUGAAGUUCGCAACACGCAACGUCACACUCGCCAGCCUCCCCGCCCCGACCUCCAACGUCUCCGUCAUCCUCCCCAUCCUCGCUCGCAUCAAUCUCGACGCUUCCGACCUCGUCGCCCUCUCCGGCGGCCACACGAUCGGCCGCGGCCACUGCGCCUCCUUCUCCAACCGCAUCUUCCCCUCCCGUGAUCCCACCAUGGACCAAACCUUCUUCAAAAACCUCCGCCUCACUUGCCCUUCUUCCAACUCCACCAACACCACCGUGCUCGACAUCCGCAGCCCCAACGUCUUCGACAACAAGUACUACGUGGAUCUAUUGAACAGGCAGGGGCUUUUUACCUCCGACGAGGAUUUGUAUAUGGAUUCCAGGACGAAGCAGAGGGUCAUCGAUUUUGCGCUGAAUCAGUCGUUUUUCUUUGAAAGAUUUGGGUUUUCGAUGGUGAAGAUGGGGCAGCUGGGCGUGCUGACGGGUGGGAAUGGGGAGAUUAGGAGCAACUGUUCGGCGAGGAAUGCGGGGAGGAUUUCGAUGUGGCAGGUGGGGGAGGAAGGAGACAGUGCUGCUUAUUAGGUCUGGCGUCGUCGGUGUGUGUGUAUUAGGGUUUUGUAAUAAAACGGAGAGUUGAUCGUGGAUCCUCUUUCUGAGUUUUGUAAUAAGCAGAUCUUGUGUUGAUUUUGUGAAUGAAAAUGUUUCAUGCUAAUUUUAAAUUUUAUUUUCUCGUCGAA